GAACUUCAAAAAUGCAUUUUUAGUUUUAAUUAACUACCGAUAGCGAUCUCGUUUUGUGUCGUGGUGAAAUGUACUAUUAUUUGAACCUGACAGGGACAUAUUCAAAAAUAAUUCUGAAAUAGUUUGCGGUUGAAAGCUAAAAACAUAGGACUAUCAAUGACGAUCAUAUGAUUGAUACCUCUCCCGUGAGUGCGAGCCACACAAACAAAUAAGUGUAGUAUUUCUUUCGUUCCAAAAAAUAUUUCAUCUACUUACACUGUUUUACCAUUUUUAUCCUGGACGAAGGAAGUAUUUCAAAUGUCUAUAUAAUAUUCACCAUUAGCAAACCACAAAAAGAAAGGAGAAAUCAGAAUGGAAACAGUGCAGAAACAGCAGCAUUUUGUGUUGGUACAUGGUGCAUGCCAUGGAGCUUGGUGCUGGUUCAAGCUCAAACCGCUGCUCGAGUCGGCCGGCCACCGUGUCACCGCCAUGGAUCUCUCGGCUUCCGGGAUCAACCCGAAAGAGAUUGAAGAAGUGGUAACCUUUGAGGAAUAUAGUCUUCCUUUGCUCGAAUUCAUGACUUCUCUUCCGGCUAAUGAAAAAGUCAUCCUAGUUGGCCAUAGUCUUGGGGGUUUAAACAUAGCUCUGGUUUCAGAUAAGUACCCGGAUAAUGUUCUGGUGGCCGUUUAUCUGACAGCUUUCAUGCCGGAUUCUGUUCAUGCACCGUCGUAUCCUUUGGAUCAGGUACAUACACAUAAGCUAUCUCCGUUCACACUUUUUUCUUUCAAGUUGAAUUUACUCAAAAUUUCUCACUCAAUUCCGCAUUCUGAAAAGUAUCUCGAGCGGAUUCCCCUUGAAGCGUUCUUGGACACGGAGUUCAAAUCCUAUGGCAGCCUAGAACAACCACUAACUACUAUGUUCUUCGGGCCGCAGUUUUUUGCCUCCAAACUCUACCAACACACAUCUACUCAGGAUCUUGAGUUGGCUAAGUUUUUGGCAAGACCAAGUUCAUUAUUUCUGGAAGAUUUGUCAAAGGUUAAACCGCUUUCAAAACAAGGUUAUGGAUCAGUAAUUCGAGCUUAUAUCAUAUGCACGGAGGAUAAAGCCAUACCAAAAGAUAUCCAGAACUUGCUCAUUGACACAGUUGGGGUCUCCAUGGUGAAAGAGAUGGAAGACACGGACCAUAUGCCAAUGCUGUCUAAGCCCCAGCAACUUUGCCAGGCACUUCAACAAAUUUCUGAUGAAUUUACAGUAUCUAAUGGGAAUUGCUUGACUUCUAUAUAGAUAUAUGAUCACCAUGAAUAAGCAUAUAAUAAGGGGACUAUUUUUCUAAAUACAAUCUUAUACGUCGGCGGUGUUAUACACCCUACGAAUCAAUCAAACCUUGCUCCCACUAGCAGCUACGAGCUAGCAAAUUGCGGAUGGCUAGAGUUUGAUAGUGAUCAGCUGAUGUAAUUUUUGUAUGGACACAAAGGCUUUGUGUGUUAGGUUUUUUUUUAUGGUAUUUUCAAAAUAUUUAAAUAAUAAUUGUCCCAUCCCAACAUAACUUUUUAUAUUUUCAAUACACUUUUUUACAUUCACAA